ACGUCCUCAGACCGCAACACCAGGUACACAAAGUGCUGGGAACAACCAUUCCCCCCGGGGAAGUGAGCCGCUGCUGAAGGUUGACGCUCCUGGAGGGAUCUGAACACCAAGGCCAUGGAGAGAGGGGAGGUCCGCAGCUUGGAGAAGAGGCGCAGGAGACGCGGCUUAACCAUGGCUGCGAUCUUAGCCGUGCUUCUCCUGCUCAUCAUCGCCAUCAUCCUGGGAGUGACUCUGACUCGGAACGAAGAUGAGUUUGAGCGCAUGUUCAUAGCGAGGUGUCGGAUGUUCAGGGGGCUCGGGAAGCCUUCAGGGGACAACUGUCAAAGCAUAUGGGAUGUGUUUCAACAAGCCUACGUUAACCGAGACCCUUGUGAAGUUCCCCCAGAGGCCUACGAUGGCGUCAUUGCUGCAGUUCCCUUCAACUCCACCUGCAACACAACAGUGUUCUGGAGCGAAACAAAGGCUGUGGUGCACGACUUCACUGAGAAAAAGGACUGUUUUAAGACUGCGGAGGAUUUCCUGUUGGGAUCGGUCCUGGAUGGCCUAGUCUGGUGUGGAAAGAAGGGCAGCAAUGAAACUUUCACCACCGAUUGCCCAGAACAAUGUCAGAAAAACCCUGUUCGCUCUUUUUGGAAAAGAGUCUCGGUUGCGUUUGGAGGGACUGCUUGUGGGAACGUCACUGUGAUGCUAAACGGUUCCCUCCCGACUCCGUUUAAUGAAGCAAGUAUGUUUGGCAGUGAUGUGUUGAAGACUUUUACGUCUCCCAAAGUGAAACAAUUGAAUGUUGUUCUGGUCACCCAGGAGAACUCUGUGACAAACUGCACAAAUGAAUCUUUAGAAAAACUGAAGAUGAAGCUGAACAAAGGGAUCGGUUAUAGGUGCUCUGAAGUGUCUCAGUCUAAGAUUGAGUGGUGCGCCUCUGCCCCAGAGAAACCCUGCUCUCUCUGCUGGUGACAGUGAAAUAAUCCCCCUCAUCAAACAGUUUAUUAUCUGUUGUUUCGUUGUGUUUUAAACCAAGCCUAAAAACCUUUGGUAUUUAUGGGUCAGUUCAACACGGAUUAUGUUAGAUAAAGUUUUUGCUAUAUGUGUUCAAUUGAUGCACAUGUGUAACAAAAGAAUCAGUGCAUACAGUUAGCCAAAUGUUUGAAAACAAUCAAUAUAUUAAGCUGUACAUUAAAAGUUAUUUCAUA